UGCUGUAGCAACCAAUCAGGAGAAAGGCGCGUUUGUGGAAACAUAAGAAGAAAGUCGAGAAAGAUUUUAGAUAGGCGUAAAUAUUCGAAGCCAGCUCUUGUACAUUUGUGGCAAUAGUAUUUCUGGCUUAGUCAAGUUAUUCAGUCGUAUUCAUUAUGGCGGAACAAGUUGAAUUCGAGUUUAAAAAGGAAACGAUAGGCAAACUUUUGGCGAAAUCCUUUAAAGAUAACAAAACUAAAGUGAGUGGCGAUGCUGUCAUCCUCAUGUGCGAGAUCUUAAAAGUCUUUGUUGAAGAGGCCUCUCGGAGAGCCGUGAAACAGGCCACAACUGAAGACGGUGAACAAGUGGAUGUUGAGCACUUUGAGAAGAUCCUGCCUCAGUUGCUUCUUGAUUUUUAGCUUGGCUGACACAUUUUCCCUGAACGGCCACUAGGUGGGGAUAUUCUGUUACAGUCGGUCCUCGUGUCUUAAUGAAGAGGUGCAGAUGAUCACAGUUGUGGACUGCCAAAUACGUUUGUGUUGAUUAAGAUCUGACUGUUAAAUAUUGGUAAAAGGCAUCUGGUUUUCGAGUCAGACAUUUGUAUUCCAAUUCACUGCCAGCCACAGUGGGAUAUGGAAAACACGCACACAUACACACACCAAAUUUAGGGAAUGCAGAACUUUGUUGCAGAAACAGUGAGUGUAUAAGCUUUCUGACAGUUACAUUUGUUCAUGGAUCACAUAGAUGAUAUUUAUGUAACCCAAACUAUUAAGCAUACCUCUUUUGCCUUCUGAUUGUAUGUCCCCACUCAGUAUCCAUAGCUGCUUCAUAGUCUGGGCAAAUAACUAGUCCUAACUAUACAUGAAGGAUGGUUUGCAACAGAUGUAAUACAAAAUCAGCAGUCAUGAGUUCACUGUGCAUUUAAAUUAGUACCACACGAUGUGUGGUAUAUGUGUGUAUAUUCAACAUGUUAUAGGUUUGUUAACUGUGUUAUUGUGGCGAGAAAAAGAGCGCUCCAAGACUACGAAAAGCGUAUGAAAAAUAAAUUAUAACAUGAAACAGGCA